CUUCCGGCGAGGCCCCGCAGGGCCCCUGAGGUCGGCAAGCUGGCUCCCCGCGUGGCCACCGGGACCCCGGAGCCCAACGGCGGGGGCGGCAGCAAAAUCGACAGCAAUGUAGAGAUCACCCCCAACCCCAACGGAGUCGGAAGCCUCGGAGAUGCGGUGCCCGCCGAGCAGAUGCAGGGGGAGCGGCAGCGCGAGCGGGAGGGGGCGGGCGAGACGGGCCGCGGCGGGCUGGGCAGCAGCCUGUCUCUGGCCGUGCCCUCCGGGCCCCUCAGCUUCGAGGCGCUGCUCGCCCAGAUAGGGGCGCUGGGUGGGGGCCAGCAGCUGCAGCUCGGCCUCUGCUGCCUGCCUGUGCUCUUCGUGGCGCUGGGCCUGGCCUCGGACCCCAUCUUCACGCUGGCGCCCCCGUUGCACUGCCACUACGGGGGCCCCAACGCCUCCGGCUGGGAGCAGCCCCCCAACGCCAGCGGGGUCGGCGUCAGCGGGGUCGGCGUCGCCAGCGCCGCGAUACCCGCCACCCGCAUCGGCGCCACCAGCACAGACCCCUCGUGCAGCGGCUUUGCCCCGCCGGACUUCAACCACUGCCUCAAGGACUGGGACUACAACGGCCUGCCCGUGCUCACCACCAACGCCAUCGGCCAGUGGGAUCUGGUGUGUGACCUGGGCUGGCAGGUGAUCCUGGAGCAGAUCCUCUUCAUCCUGGGCUUUGCCUCCGGCUACUUGUUCCUGGGCUACCCUGCGGACAGGUUUGGCCGCCGUGGGAUUGUGCUGCUGACCUUGGGGCUGGUGGGCCCUUGUGGAGUGGGAGGGGCUGCUGCAGGCUCUGCCACCGGCGUCAUGGCGCUUCGAUUCCUCCUGGGCUUCCUGCUUGCCGGAGUUGACCUUGGUGUCUACCUGAUGCGCCUGGAGCUGUGCGACCCAACCCAGAGGCUUCGGGUGGCCCUAGCAGGGGAGUUAGUUGGGGUGGGGGGACACUUCCUGUUCCUGGGCCUGGCCCUUGUCUCUAAGGACUGGCGGUUUCUGCAGCGAAUGAUCACCGCUCCCUGCAUCCUCUUCCUGUUUUAUGGCUGGCCUGGUCUGUUUCUGGAGUCUGCACGGUGGUUGAUAGUGAAGCGACAGAUUGAGGAGGCCCAAUCGGUGCUGAGGAUCCUGGCUGAGCGGAACCGGCCCCAUGGGCAGAUGCUGGGAGAGGAAGCCCAGGAGGCCCUGCAGGACCUGGAGAACACCUGCCCUCUCCCUGCAACAUCCUCCUUUUCCCUCGCAUCCCUCCUCAACUACCGCAACAUCUGGAAAAACCUGCUCAUCCUGGGCUUCACCAACUUCAUUGCCCACGCCAUUCGUCACUGCUACCAGCCUGUGGGAGCAGACGGAGGGAGCCCGUCGGACUUCUACCUGUGCGCCCUGCUAGCCAGCGGCACGGCAGCCCUGGCCUGUAUCUUCCUGGGGGUCACCGUGGACCGAUUUGGCCGCCGGGGCAUCCUGCUUCUCUUGAUGACCCUCACUGGCAUUGCGUCUCUGGUCCUGCUGGGCCUGUGGGAUUAUCUGAAUGAUUCCGCCAUCACCACCUUCGCUGUGCUUGGCCUCUUCUCCUCCCAAGCCGCUGGAAUCCUCAGUACCCUCCUUGCUUCUGAAGUCAUCCCCACCACUGUCCGGGGCCGAGGCCUGGGCCUGAUCAUGGCACUGGGGGCACUGGGAGGGCUGAGUGACCCCGCCCAGCGGCUGCACAUGGGCCACGGAGCCUUCCUGCAGCACGUCGUGCUGGCUGCCUGCGCCCUCCUCUGCAUCCUCAGCAUCAUGCUUCUGCCGGAGACCAAGCGCAAGCUCCUGCCCGAGGUGCUCCGGGACGGGGAGCUGUGCCGCCGGCCUUCGCUCCUGCGGCAGCCACCCCCUAGCCGCUGUGACCACGUCCCGCUGCUUGCCACCCCCAACCCCGCCCUCUGAGUGGCCUCUGAGCUCGCUGGCAGGAGGCUGGCCCAUACGGAAAGGUGACAGAAGGCCCUGCCUGGUAAGACAAUUGGGAGGCUCAGAGGCAUCUCCCGCCAGCCAUCAAGUAGAGCUCAGAGGGCUGCCCCUACCCCGUCUCCUCCCUGCUGCUUGUGUUCACUCCCUUGGCAAGAGUCAGGGGGCAGGGAGAGAGCUCCACGCUGUAACCACCUGUUCUGGGCUUCACCCUGUGCCCAAAGACAUCCUCCCAGACCUCAUUCUUUCUUGCUCUGUCAUUCUGUUUCAAUAAAGACACUGGUGAAAUGAGCAUA